AUGCUGCUGUGGGUGAGCUGGGCGGGCGGCUGCUGCCUGCUGCUGCUACUGCUCCCCGGGGGCGCGGCUGAGCGGGCUGCCGGCUGCCCCGAGCGCUGCGACCGGGCGCGCUGCCCCGCCGCGCCCGCCGACUGCGCGGGCGGAGAGGCGCUGGACGCCUGCGGCUGCUGCCUGGUGUGCGCGGCCCAGGAGGGCGAGCCCUGCGGCGGGCCCGCCGGGGAGCCGCCCUGCGGAGAGGGGCUCCAGUGCCGGCUCCCGCCCGGCGCGGGGGUGGUGGCGACGGCCACGGUGAGGAGGCGAGCCAAAGCCGGGCUCUGCGUCUGCACCAGCAGCGAGCCCGUGUGCGGCAGCGACGCCAGGACCUACGGCAACCUGUGCCAGCUGCGGGCGGCCAGCCGGCGCUCCGAGCGCCUGCAGCAGCCGCCGGUCAUCGCCAUCCAGCGGGGCGCCUGCGGCCAGGGCCAGGAAGAUCCUAACAGCCUACGGCACAAAUACAACUUUAUUGCAGAUGUGGUGGAGAAGAUAGCCCCGGCAGUGGUUCAUAUUGAAUUGUUUCGCAAGCUUCCUUUUACAAAGAGGGAGGUUCCUGUUGCUAGUGGUUCAGGCUUCAUUGUCUCAGAAGAUGGACUAAUAGUAACAAAUGCCCAUGUAGUUACCAAUAAACAUAGGGUAAAAGUGGAGCUGAAGAAUGGUGCAACAUACGAAGCCAAAAUUAAAGAUGUUGAUGAAAAAGCAGAUAUUGCACUAAUUAAAAUAGACACUCAGGGUAAAUUGCCAGUUCUGCUGCUUGGUCGAUCUGCAGACUUGAGGCCUGGAGAAUUCGUGGUUGCAAUUGGAAGUCCAUUUUCACUCCAAAACACAGUGACUACGGGGAUUGUUAGUACUACCCAGCGUGGAGGAAAGGAAUUAGGGCUUCGGAACUCUGAUAUGGACUACAUUCAGACGGAUGCAAUUAUCAAUUAUGGAAACUCUGGAGGACCUUUAGUAAACCUGGAUGGUGAAGUGAUUGGAAUUAACACUUUAAAAGUUACAGCUGGAAUCUCAUUUGCAAUUCCAUCCGAUAAAAUUAAAAAGUUCUUAACUGAAUCACAUGACAGACAAGCUAAAGGAAAAGCAGUAACUAAAAAGAAAUAUAUUGGCAUUCGAAUGAUGUCACUGUCUCCUAGCAAAGCUAAAGAGCUGAAGGAACACCAUAAAGACUUUCCUGAUGUUGUUUCUGGGGCCUACAUUAUUGAAGUAAUUCCAGAUACGCCAGCUGAAGCUGGUGGCCUGAAAGAAAACGAUGUGAUUAUAAGCAUCAAUGGACAGGGAAUAAUCUCAGCCAGUGAUGUCAGUGACAUUAUUAAAAAGGACAAUACUCUGAAUAUGGUUGUACGCAGGGGCAAUGAAGAUAUUAUGAUAACCGUGGUUCCUGAAGAAAUCGACCCUUAAUCAGAAACAUGAGCUGGAUUUCAUGUUUUCUUUUAGCAACAGUGGACUGCUUACAUUAUGACUGUGCUGGUACAGGAAACAUUAGACUUUUGACCAACAUUCUGCUUGUUCAAAAGAAUAGUAUUGGCCAACAACAUCAAUGUAAUGCCACAGAUAUUCCAGAUGAUAAUUUUUUUCCUUCUGUAUUUUAUGUAUGCAAUGUAUUCUUUACUGGCUAACACAACUGUUACUGCUUAAACAGUCAACAUUUUUUUCUCUGUGUCACUCUUUCAACUAAGACUCCAACAAAACAAAAUUCAUGCACACAAUGUGUGUUGUGGUAUUCAGGUAUAAAUAGGAUAGCUGUUCCUUUAACUGGAAAAUGCCAUUGUGAUAGAAUUUGGGGAUAAAAAACACAGCUGGAAAAAUGUUGGCUUGUAAACAAAAAACAAAACAAAAAACACCUUUUCAGAAUCCAUGCAGAAUUUUUACUACUUCAGUCUUUUCCUAGUGUUAUUAAAAUAAUUCUACAGUA